AUGUUUAGUGAAGAGUUAAGCCUGCAGCAUUGGGUACAAGAAUGCUUACCAGAUUCUGUGAUUCAGCUUAUGGACAUGAACUUAGUUCAUCUUGAGGAUGGACCAGUAAAGAAUAAGAUAGCAUGCAUAUCAUCUAUCCUGGAACUUGCUUUAUGUUGUACAGCAGACGCUUCUGAGGACAGAAUGAACAUGAAAGAUGUCCUUAAAGCACUCCAGAAGAUUAAACUUCAAUUCUCUGAGGGGCUCAAACCUUUGAAGCAGGAAACAGAGAACGGAAGAAUGGGGAUGGAUGGUUGCGGCAGGUUAAGGUCAUUUGACCUUAACCAAGAACCUGAGUGUGACCGACACACAUUCAUUGAAGAAAGCGGUGGUUCAAUAGGAGGACACGAAGAUGAGGAGGCCAAUGAAUUGGUGGGCGCAAUAGGCGUGGAUGACGUAAUGAAAUUAACAUUUGACACGGAAGAAGAAGCUGGGGAAUUCUAUAAUUUGUAUGCGAAACUAAGCGGAUUUGGGAUUCGUAAAAGUAAUGGCAAACGAGAUGCAGAUGGCAUUUCAAGAUUUAGAAAAUGGGUAUGUUGCUGUGAAGGUUAUAGGAAUGAAAAGUGGUUUAAUUAUGAAGACCGGAAAAGAGAAGCAAAACCAAUCACAAGAACCGGGUGUGGGGCUUGCUUUCGCGUGAAAUAUGACAUAGAAUCGGUAAAGUAUGUGGUGACACGCUUCAUUAUGGAGCACAAUCACCCGCUGGCAUCAGAGGCAAGUGUGCAACACAUUAGGUCGCAUAGAAAAGUGAGCGAUGCAGAAUAUGCGCAGGCAAAAAGUCUAAAGUUGGUUGGGGCCAGAAUAUGCCAGAUAAUGAAACAUUUUGUUAUCAAAGCUGGAGGGUAUAGUAACGUGGGAUUUUGCAUUAAGGAUCUGUAUAACCGAAUGGACGAGGAACGUAGAAAAGAUAUUUUUAAUGGCGAUGCAGAAGGGGCACUUGGGUUCUUGGCAGCGAAGAAGGAUGCCGAUGAGAUGUUCUUUUAUAAAUAUGAUGUGGAUAACGAAGGAAGAUUGGCAAGGUUGUUUUGGGCAGAUUCUAAAUCUCGUGCGGACUUCAGUGUAUUUGGAGAUGUAUUGGUGUUUGAUACAACAUACAAAACAAAUAAAUACCGCAAGCCACUAGUUGUACUUGCAGGGGUAAACAACCAUUUGAACAGUACUAUUUUUGGCUGUGCCCUGCUAUCAGAUGAGAGGAUUGAAACAUAUGAAUGGGUGCUAAGUACAUUUGUAGAGGCUAUGAAAGGUAGAAAGCCAGUAGCAGUGAUGACAGAUGGGGACAGUGCAAUGCGAAGAGCCAUAAAGAAUCUUCUCCCAGAUGCUUGUCACAGGCUAUGUUCGUGGCACUUGCAUAGAAAUGCACGGAGUAAUAUUCGCUGCGAGGAGUUUAAUAACAGGUUGUAUAACCUGAUGGAGAGAAAGUGUAGCACUCUUGAGUUUGAGGAUCGGUGGGCUAGGUUGGUUAAUGAAUGUGGGGUGGUAGAGAAUGAGUGGGUGAAGGAGUUAUACCGUAGGAGAAGGUUAUGGGCAGAGGCCUAUUUACGCGGUAAUUUUUUUGCAGGUAUGAGAAGUACUCAAAGGUGUGAGAAAAUGAAUGCUUUUUUGAAUGAGUACUUGAAUGAAAAAAUGCGACUAUAUGAAUUCGUUAGAAGUUUUGAUUUGGCAAUAGCGUGGCUUCGACAUACUGAGAGCAAAGCAAUUCACACAAGCGAAAACACAAAACCAGUCUUAACCACAAUCCUGCCCGAAUUAGAGUGGAGCGCAGCGGAGGUGUUUACAAGGAAUGUGUUCUUCAUGGUGAGGAAGCAUUUGAACAGGCAAGGACUUCUAAUUUCUGAGGGCUGGAGCGAGGAUGGAGGGAGUCGUACGUAUUAUUACUCGAAAUAUGGUGGACACGGAAUAAGUUGGAGGGUGGAUUAUGAUAGGUCAAUGGAGAAUCUAAUCUGCUCUUGCAUGAAAUUCGAGUCAAAGGGGAUUCCUUGUGCUCACAUGUUUCGCGUGAUGGUGGUAGAAGGAAUGAACAGGAUCCCAGAAGCAUGCAUUUCGAAGCGGUGGACAAAGGGAGUUUACUGUAGUAAUAAUGGAAUGAAAGCAUUUGUUGCAGACGAACAACUGACACAAAUGGCCAGAUAUGGCACUUUAAAGUCCAGCUGUAAUACUAUGUGUUACUAUGCCUCCUACAUGGAUGACGCGUUUAAUGACCUGCAGCAGAUGUUUGACAAGCAUUCCGUGGACCUAAAGGAGAAGUGGAUUGACAGGGGAUAUGGGGGAGACGGAUUUGCAAUGGAUUCAAGAGUGAGGAACGAUAGAAGUAGAAGAACAUUCGGGCUGUUAGAUCCCAGGGUGUCACGGUGUAAAGGUGAUCACAAGCAUGCAGAAGCAAAGAAGAAAAGAAAGUGUGGUCAUUGCAGAUUGCAGGCAGGGCACAACCAACGAACAUGCCCAUACAAAAAGAAUUCGCACAACACAGCAGUUCAUGAUGAUUAUAUGGAAAAUUGUUUGGAUGACUCGCUGGAAAAAUCAUUUGAAAUUGGUACGGGCUGGAGCGACUCAGGCGAAUGGAGAGGACCUGUGGUUGUACCACAACCACAGGGUAGCGGUGGAAGGGACACAGUUGGCCAACAAAGAAGUCCAGGAGAAAGAUGA